AUGGACAAAAACGGAUUGAAAAAAACUGCUACUAGUGGACAAGCAGCGAUGGCCACCACCAAUAGUAGUGCUGUAUUGCCUGAACGUAUGCGUCCGAUUCUGGAAAAUUGCCUUUUGAUCUGGCUUGAUGCCGAUUUCGAUGAAGCAAAAAAUGAUUAUAAACAAUCGGUGCAACAGCUUCGAAAUGUCAUAGCAACAAUUAUUACAUUUACAGAUGCUGAUCAAUGUGUUGAUUAUCUCAGUGACAUUAAAGAUGAAAAACUGUUGAUGAUCGCAUCUGGCUCACUGGGACAACACAUAAUACCAGAGAUUCAAGCAUGUCCACAAUUGGACUCCGUAUAUGUUUUUUGUGACAAUCAAUCAAUGCAUGAGCAAUGGGCAAGAAAAAUACCUAAGAUAAAAGGUAUUUGCACACAAAUUGAACCGCUUUGUAAAGCAUUAGAAAUUGACCAUAAACAUUGUGAUCGAUCUAUGAUAUCGAUGAGUUUUCGUGGCAUCGAUCCUUUGUUUAUGUACACACAAUUGCUAAAAGAAGCAUUUUUGGAAAUCGAAGAUGAUGACGCGACAUCUAUUAAAGAACUGGUUGAUUAUUGUCGUCUUCACAAUGCUGCUUCUCCAACCAUACUGGAAAAACUCGAACGAGAAUAUCGUCAUCAUCCACCAAGUUGGUGGUAUACAGGACCCUUCUUUAUUUAUUCUAUGCUCAAUCAUGCUCUUCGACUUAUGAAUGUUGAUGUUAUAAUGAGAAUGGGUUUUUUUAUUCGUCAUUUACACAAACAUAUUGAAAAAUUACAUGGUGAACAACAAUCCGAUGAGCCCACCAGUGGGCCAUUCACAGUCUUCCGUGGACAAGCAUAUUGUGAUGAACUUGAAUUAAAUGAUUUAAUUGAACAAUGA